UUCACAGAGAGCGAGAGAUAGAUAGAUAGAGGGAGGGAAAGAGAGAGAGAGAGGGGGCCAAAGGCCAAAUCGGCGUGCUCUCUAGGUCUGAGGAAGAAGAGGGUUCAGCGUGAGAGAGAGAGAUGUCAGACCUAGACAGGCAAAUAGAGCAGCUGAAGAAGUGCGAGCCUCUUAAGGAGUCGGAGGUGAAGGCCCUCUGCCUCAAAGCCAUGGAAAUCCUCGUCGAAGAGAGCAACGUUCAAAGGGUCGACGCCCCCGUCACAAUAUGUGGCGACAUUCAUGGGCAAUUCUAUGACAUGAAAGAGCUUUUCAAAGUAGGAGGUGAUUGCCCAAAGACUAACUACUUGUUUCUUGGAGAUUUUGUUGACAGAGGAUUUUAUUCCGUGGAGACAUUUCUGCUUCUAUUAGCCCUGAAGGUGAGGUAUCCAGAUCGGAUAACUCUCAUUAGAGGGAACCAUGAGAGCCGUCAGAUCACACAGGUAUAUGGAUUCUACGACGAGUGUCUACGUAAAUAUGGCUCUGUGAAUGUUUGGAGAUAUUGCACUGAUAUAUUUGAUUACUUAAGUCUAUCAGCUCUCAUUGAGAACAAAAUUUUCAGUGUCCAUGGAGGCCUCUCUCCUGCCAUAUCAACAUUGGAUCAGAUACGAACAAUCGAUCGGAAGCAAGAAGUACCUCAUGAUGGUGCUAUGUGUGACCUCCUGUGGUCUGAUCCUGAAGAUAUUGUUGAUGGUUGGGGUUUGAGUCCCCGUGGUGCUGGCUUUCUAUUUGGCGGCAGUGUUGUUACUACUUUUAACCAUGCAAACAACAUUGACUACAUAUGUCGUGCCCAUCAGUUGGUAAUGGAAGGAUAUAAAUGGAUGUUCAAUCACCAGAUAGUUACGGUCUGGUCAGCACCAAAUUACUGUUACAGAUGUGGUAAUGUAGCUGCAAUACUUGAGCUAGACGAGAAUUUGAAUAAGCAGUUUCGUGUGUUUGAUGCUGCUCCACAGGAAUCAAGAGCGGCGCCAGCCAAAAAACCUGCACCAGAUUACUUUUUAUGAGACCAAUUUGGUAAAAGUUUUACAAUUUAUCAUCCAAUACGCUUGCAUUGAUAAACAAGAAGAUAUACGGUCGCACGAAGGAGAUGAUCUUAUGUAAUACCAAAGGAAAUCUGCACAUUGGCUGCUUAAUGAUCAGUUCCCCCAAAUGACGAGCUAGCGGUGUACUUUUCUGUUCGUGAUUGGUUUGGAUUAUUGGGUUUGCAUUUCUUGUUAGCCUGCUUUUCUUCCAUCUUCGUUAAUUAUUUGUAACUGUAGUGUUCAUUACAUAGUCUAUGCGAAUCAUCAAAUAUAGAAGCCAAGAGGGGCAGGGGGUCUUGAAAAGGUAUGGAGCUUUGGUUCCAUCUACAGGGUAUGAAAAGUAUUGGAGUAGAAACAAUGGGUAGGUUAUUGUUCAGAACAACAUAAUGGAAAGAAGACAUUCAUGUUGGGUUUUGCUUGUUCUCGACAAUAAACAUUCUUUACGAUCA